CCUUGAAGAGCAGCAACUCAGAGCGCCCGCUGGCCUGCCCGCUUUCACAUAUUGACUCUACUUCUCCGCUCAACAUAAAAGCGAUGUGGCCUGCAGGAAGCCACAGGCCUGCCCAAUCGCAGCAGCCACAGCAGCUGCAAUCACAAGGGCAACCUCCAGAUAACGAAAGCCUCCGCCGCUGGUUUUCAAAGGUGGACAAGGACAACAGCGGGCACAUAACGGCCACGGAAUUGCAAGCCGCGCUGUCGGAAGGUGGACUUAACUUCAGCUUGGGAACUGUUGCAGCCAUUAUCAGGCAAUGCGACAGCACGGGAUCUGGAACCAUUACCUUCAGCGAGUUUGAACGACUGCACGUCUUCCUGGCAACCGUGCAAGACACGUUCGGCCAGCUGCGGGCCGACCAGCGCAGUGGCCGGGUGCCCCUGGAGGAGGUGGCGCGGGGCCUGGCAUCAUUCGGCUACGAGUUCGAGCCGUCGGUUCAACGGGCCCUGUUCGCUCGCUUCGACCCGCUGCGGGCUGGGAGCCUGGGGCUGCAGGAAUUCCUGGUGCUGACGCUCUUCCUUCGCUCCACCGCCGCCUCCUUCAAGGCCUUCGACCCCUCGGGCAGCGGGGUCGUACACCUGAACUUCCCGCAGUUCCUGUACGCGGCGGUGAACUGCAACUGAAGAAGUACGGCAGAAGCAACAUGAGUGACCUGCCGUACACCGAUCUGCACUAGAGGGCGCACACACGCAGUUGUUUGGCAGGGCAGGCAUGGUAGAGCGGGCAUGGUAGAGUGGGCAUGGUCACACUCCUCCUAGUUACUGGUACGGUUCCUCAUCUGGACAAGGCGGGGAACGAAGGGGGCGGGUUACUAGUUGGCAUGCAUGCGCAAUACAAGGGCUUAAGAGAUAAGUACUGCAGCUGGAGGGGGAGUCUGUAUGCGCCCAUUGCUUUGUUUCCUAGUGCGGCGUUAACAACCCAAGUUGCGGAUGCCCCAUUACCGCACGUGCAUUUGAUUGCUGCCAAGACGGCGGCCCACGAUGACCCACGGGUGGGCCACAGUGGAUGAACACAUAGCGAUACACCUUUGCUGCAAUCCUUACAAGAAUGCAGCGGACGUGCGACCAGGGUUGUUGGACUCGGGCAUGGUUGGUGCAACAAAGGGG